UUUGCUCUGCGUUACGUCAGACUUCCAAAGCAGACGUACUCUCGGAAUUGUGGACUUCAUUUCCCGUCGGCACCGUCGUUCUUCCCUUGCCUUUGAACGAACUACCCUUGUGCUCGGUCGCUUUGUGGCUUGGCGUUAGUGUCGAGUGGUGUUGUAGAAGUUUAUACAGACGAAAUCAUGGCAGAGGCAGACCGGCCAGGGAAACUCUUCAUUGGUGGCCUGAACACCGAAACAAACGAGAAAGCCCUUGAACAGUAUUUCGGGAAGUACGGGAGAAUUGUUGAAGUGCUGUUGAUGAAAGACCGAGAGACGAACAAAUCAAGGGGCUUUGCCUUCAUAACAUUUGAGAGCCCAGCUGAUGCGAAGGAUGCAGUGAGAGAAAUGCACGGAAAGUCCCUUGAUGGCAAACCAAUCAAAGUGGAACAAGCAACAAAGCCCCAGUUUGAGUCUGGAGGGCGAAGAGGCCCUCCUUCCAUGUACCCUGGUUCACGUGGCUCACUCAGAGGUGGUCUUAGAGGAUCCAGAGGAGCACCAGGUGGAAUGAGAGGCCCACCACCCAGAGGGAUUGUAGAACCUUUUUUCAAAGGGAUGUCACCCAGAGGCCCUCCUCCCUUGAAGAGAGGACCCCCAAUCCGCAAUGGAGGACCCCCACCGAAGAGAUCAGCACCCUCAGGACCAAUGGGCAGACCUCCCAUGUCCCGUGAAAGAGAUCCAUAUGGACCACCUCCUCCCAGAAGAGAUAGCAUGAUGUCCAGGAGAGAUGACUACCCAUCUCCACGAGAUGACCACUAUAGUAGCAAAGACAGUUAUUCCAGUCGAGACUACAUGAGUUCUAGGGACGCCAGAGACUAUGCUCCACCCCCUCGAGAGUACCCAUACCGCGACUACCCACACUCCAGUUCCCGUGACGAAUAUGGGUCCAUGUCACGCAGCUACAGCGACCGUGACGGCUACGGUGGAAGUCGUGAGCCGCGGGGCUACAUUGACCGCCCCAGCGCAGGUUCCUAUAGAGACCCCUAUGACAGUUACGGUAACUCGCGCAGCACCCUGCCCUCAAGGGGUCCCCCAAGUGGCGGAAGCAGUCGCUAUGACGACUAUGGCAGCAGUUCCCGGGAUGGGUACGGCAGCCGUGACAGUUACCCCAGCAGUCGCAGUGAUCCUUACUCCACUAGCCGUGGUGAGCGAAUGGGCAGACAGGAGCGGGGGCCAGCCCCCCCGAUUGAUAGAGGCUACCCCCCUCGAGAUUCUUACAGCAGCUCAAGCCGUGGAGCACCUCGGGGAGGUGGACGUGGAGGCAGUCGCGUCGAUAGGGGAAUGGCCCGCAGCAGAUACUAAAGGGGAGGAAACUUAACCAAUGAGAGGAUCACAAACUGUGCAUAAGCAAUUUUCAUAACACAGAUGAAGAUGGAAUGUCUAAAAGGGGAUUGAAAUCCAUGGACAAAAAAAAAAAAACACUGUUGCGCCCCCUUUCUCCUUAAACCGUCAUUGUUUCUCAGAAGUUAAGUGUAACGUUUUGUAUAUCUCCCUUAAACACCUGCAUCAAGUACUGUAGCAGUUUUAAGUAUUAGGUGUCAUUUUGUUCUAGUGUUUCACUUGCUGCAGUUCCUUGGAAAUAACAUGCCUUUUCAUUUACUAAUAAAGUUUUUAAUCAACAAUCUUGACCAAAGUUGGUGGAUGUUCAACAAAAAGUAACCAAUUUCAUGUAUGGUUGUAUUUAUUUGCCUUCAAAAUUUUUCAAAACUCAAUGAAAUGUUCCAAAGUCACAGUUACCAUGGACCUUUGACCUUGAAUUAAAAGGUUGGUUAGAUGCCUGUUGAACUGAUCCUGCAUUUCCAUGGAAGAGAAGGGGCAACUCUGACAUUUCCCCCCCAAAACACAGUAGAGGAAAUGGAUCUCUCACCUGAAAGGCUUGACCAUGGCUUGCAUUGACCUGCCAAAAGAGCAUGAUGACCGAAAUGCGAGUGAAUCUCAACCAAUUACAAACAAGUUGCGUGUCAUCGGAUGGUAAGCAAAGCAAACUUGCACAUUUCUCAUCUAAAUGGGAUACAAGUUCAAUCGGUGACAUUCUCAAACUUACUGUGCAUCUUCAGUACAGUGCAACUCGAGCCUUUUUAAGCAAAAAUUUGAUCUUUUUAAAGUUUCUACACCAAUUCACUUCUGUCGGGAAGCCUUCCAAGCAAAAAUAACUGAAUAUGUCCAAGUGAAUAUGUAUACCAUCUAGAUGCAGUUUUUUGGAAUUGGUCAUGAUGUGAAAUAAUGUGAAAGAUGCUUUAAUUUGUACAAUUUGAAACCUAAAGGUCACAUGUUCAGAUUCAUGAAAGGAGAUCAAGCUGAUGGAGAGGAAAAGCCAUAGUGAUGGAGCACAAACUGAGGAUGAGCUGAACUGGAUCAUGGCCUGUUUAAUAUGGAAAAAAGUAAAUUACUGCAGCAAUUUUAAGAUGCGUUUAUUUUUCUUCUGAAGUUGCAUUUGCCGGUCGGAAAUAAUAUUCCUUUUAAUUUACUAACUUUACAUCGGCACGCCUGAUCAAAGUUGGUGGACGUUAAACAAAAUCCCUUGUAACGACUACAGUAUAUCGUAUUUCCCCUUAAUUUCUCCAGUCUCAAUGAAAUGUUCCAACUCUUGAAAUCACAGCAAUGUAACUUUCUAACUGUGAAUUAAGGUUUGUUAGAUGCCAUUCAAAUGAACCUGCGUUUUCAUUGAAGAACUAAAGAGAGUUGACUUCCUCCUAACCUCUUAGUAGUGGAAACGGUUCCUUACCUGAAAGCCUUAACCAUGGCUUGCGUUUACUUAGUGAGAGCCUGAUGACCCAAGCAAAAGUGAAUCUCCAGAAAAGUUAAUCUACAACACUCAACCAAUUGCAAACAAGCCACCUUUGGAUGGUGCACCUCAGUGGAAGGGGAUCCCUCGCCCAAAAGCCUUAACCAUGGCUUGCAUUGACCCAUCAAGAAAGCCUGACCACCGAAACACAAGUGAAUCUCCAACACUCGACUGAUUGCAAACAAGUUGCCUGCCAUUGGAUGGAUAAUGUUCUGUGCCUCUGCCAGAUUAAACUAUGACUACAAGUUGAAACUUGGAAAGUCAGGCCUUUGCAAGGUGCCUGAAAGAUCCUGCUGCAGUUGGUUUGGCUCUGAAGGGAAAGUGCUGCAGGAUGGGGUUGCAGUGCACAGCUCUGAAAUGACCUUGUGGAAAAUGGUGGUAUUGAAACUCCAUGUGUGUUGAGAGGACUCCCUGCUAUGGUUUCAAUAAAGUUUGCUGAAAAUGUG